GAAGGUAAAUGUGAUUUGGUAUUUUGUUCCAUUCACAGUUUGGUCAGCUUGGAAAUGAUAAAAGAAAAUAAAAAGUAAAACGAAAACAGACGAUAUUAAGAUAGGAACAAGCUAGUGGAUGACCAAUGGAUUCGAAAUAAUUGGUAUAAUCCGCAUAUUUUAAUAGCCUCUAGAGGAGGCUUCAAUUUGGGCAGAAGAACAAGAAAAAGUCAGCCAAAUCGCCGCAGCUAGGAGCUAGGAGAAACGAUAGCAAAGGCAACGCCAACAAACACAACAAAACAAAAAAAAAAAAAAUACAAAAAAAAAACAUUACAAAAACAAAACGAAUGAGAGAGAAACAAUAACAACACCGAAAGACAGAAAACCCAAAGAUACACACUCCGUAGACAGUUAGUCGGAAAUUCAAAAUUACAAUUGAAAAUUCUUUGGAAUCGGAUUGGCAGCCGAACCGAACCCAGCCCCGCCCCCCACCUAAAUCGGAACCAUGAAUGCCCUGCUGCGCCACAAGGGAAGGAAUCUGAGGACGAAUUAUUUAGUUCAGAAUUUUUACAAGCGCUAUCUCAAAUCCAAUUGUUGUGCCUGCAGCUCCGCAAACCUCACAAAUGGUUCCGCCACUCCUCAGGAACGACAACGAAGAUCCCUGUCGACAUCCGCCAUCGAAAUAGAGCGACUAAGCCAUCGGAGAUUCCUGUCUCACGUCAGCUAUGGCUACCACUGCUCCGGCCAUGGUUUCCGGCAUCUGCACACCAGUCGGCCGCUUUACGAGACGCCUAGCUCGAAGAUCGACGUGACGGUGAAGAAGCUAAAGACCCAGCAGAAGGAGAAGGUGGAGGAGAUCAUGAAGGAGGUGGCCAAUGGUCAGGCAACGGCAGUAGCUACCAGUAGAGCAGCUACAGUCACUGCCUCCUCAGAGUCGGCCCAAAAUGAGAGUAAAACGGUGAAGGGCGAGGUAACAACAUCAACGGCAACCACUUUGGCUCAACCCGCGGACAAGACGGUGGCCAAACCGAAGAAGCCGCUGCGCACACGCAUUUGGGACGAACUGGUGCACUACUACCACGGCUUUCGGUUGCUGUUCAUCGAUGUGGCCAUCUGCUCGAAGCUUCUCUGGAGGGUACUCAAUGGAAAGACCCUGACGCGCCGCGAGAAUAAGCAACUGCAGAGAACCACUUCGGAUCUGUUUCGUCUGAUCCCAUUCUCGGUGUUCAUUGUUGUGCCGUUCAUGGAGCUGCUGUUGCCGCUGUUUAUCAAGUUUUUCCCAGGAAUGUUACCCUCCACUUUUCAGACUGCGAAUGACCGACAGGAGAAGUUGCGUCAGUCACUUGCCGUUCGCCUUGAGGUGGCCAAGUUCCUUCAGAAGACACUCGAUCAGAUGCCCGUCCAGCACAAGGAGCACAGCAGCGAGGAGGCCAAGCAGUUCGAGUCCUUCUUCACUAAAAUCCGAAAUCCCAACGAGCCGGUUAGCAACGAUGAGAUCAUCAAGUUUGCAAAGCGCUUUGACGACGAGAUCACCUUGGAUUCGUUGUCACGCGAACAGUUGGCGGCUCUCUGUCGCGUGCUAGAGCUCAACACAAUCGGUACCACCACGCUGCUGCGAUUCCAGUUACGGCUCAAGCUGCGCUCCCUGGCUACCGAUGACCGAGUAAUUGCCCGCGAGGGAGUAGACUCCCUCGAUCUUUUCGAGCUACAGCAGGCAUGCAAAGCUCGCGGAAUGCGAGCAUACGGUCUUACGGCGGAGCGUCUUCGAUUCCAGUUGAAGGAAUGGAUCGAUCUGUCACUGAACGAGCAAGUACCACCGACGCUUCUUCUUCUGUCACGCGCCAUGCUCAUCUCCGAUGACAGCAUCACCACCGAUAAACUCAAGGAGACGAUGCGGGUGCUGCCUGAUUCGGUGGGCGCUCACACCCGACAUGCCAUCGGAGAGAGCGAGGGCAAGGUGGACAACAAAACUAAGAUCGAGAUCAUCAAGGAAGAGGAGCGCAAGAUUCGCGAAGAACGCGAGGAGGAGCACGAGGAGGUUAUCGCCAAGCGAAUCGCCAAUAAGACGGAUGAAACCGGACCGUACGUGUUCCCAGAGAAGUUGGCUAGGAAGAAGUUGAAGGAGGUUUCAACGGUAUUGCCUUCCGACAAGGGCAUAUCCUCGACGGAUGUCCAAUUGCUGUCAGAUGCCCUGAAGACCCUUUCGUCUGACAAGCAACUGGUUGUGGAGAAGGAGACGAUCAAGGAGCUGAAAGAAGAGUUGGCCGACUACAAGGAGGACGUGGAGGAGCUGCGAGAAGUACGACAGGUGGUCAAGGAGCCGGUGCGCGAGAGUCGUGCGGCCAAACUACUGUACAACCGAGUCAACAAGAUGAUCUCCCAGCUGGAUGUUGUUCUCCACGAUCUCGAGCACCGGCAGAACCAGAUCAAGCAGGUCGAUUCGGGCGACUAUGUGGUCUCCAGUCCCACAAACGGCGUACCGCCCCAACAAAUGGUGUACAUUGACGAGCUUGUCUCCACCAUCCGGCGUAUGAAGGAGGCCUCCGACGAGGAACGAUUCAAGGUGGUCGAGGACCUGCUGGUGAAGCUCGAUGCGGACAAGGACGGUGUGAUUUCGGUGCAAGAAAUCACCAAGGCGGUCCAGAGCAUCGACAGUGAGGCCACCAAGAUCGACAAGCAGCAGCUGGAGGAGUUCACCGAGCUGCUGUCCAAACAGGCUACUCGAAAACGCAACGAGGAGAUUGUGCGCAUCGACGAUUUGAUGAAGAACAUCAAGGUGCUCAAGGAGACCAGCGACGAGGCCCGUCUGAAGCACAUCGAGGGUGUGCUGGAGAAGUUCGACGCUGACAAGGAUGGCGUGGUGACCGUCAAUGAUAUUCGCAGGGUGAUGGAGUCCAUUGGUCGGGACAAUAUCAAGCUUAGCGAGAAGGCCAUCGAGGAGCUGAUCACUCUACUCGACAAAGAGCAAAUCCUGCAGGCCGAACAGAAAAUUGAGAAAGCCAUUGCCAAGAGCAUGAAGGAGGCUGAAAAACUGAAAUCUGAGGUGGAUAAAUCGGACAAGGAACUGACCAAGCUGGUGGACGACAUUCAUGAUUCCGCCAAAGAGAUUCAGGAUAUUGCAAACGAACUGGGUGCUACGGAUGACUCCCUCACUGACAAAGCAAAGACUCUGAAACCUGAGCCUUGUUUCAAAGACACGGCCCAAACGCUUAAGGAUUCGGCCCAAACCCUAAGUGAGCCGAUACCAAAGGAUACAAAGUCGAAUCCCUGCAGCAAUCCGUCAGUAAAGGUUUCGGAUUCGAGUCGGAAGACUGGCAGUGGAAAGAGUGAUGUCGGUGGCGGAUCAGCAACGGAAGCUGCGCUCCGGGAAGCCGCUGAGCGGCAAGUGGAAAAGAUUCUGCCCUCCUCAGACAUUGGCCUGCCGCCAACGAUACCAACGACACCGCAGCCCCCGACGACAAAGAAGGCGACAGCGAAUGCCUCGCCCCAAAAUCUGUCAUCGUCGGUUAAUGCCAAGAAGCUGAUCUGACCGGCUGCCGGGAAGGAAUCGCAAACAGGAACGGCUGGGACAAGGCAAAGUCCAAGCCCAAAAUCAAAUCCGAAGCAAAAAUAAUGUUUAGACGUGAUCGAGUUGAGGAGGGGGCGGAGGAGAGUGAGGAGUUGCUGCCCAAAUGUCCCUUUAUGUUCCAAUUUGAGAAAGAAUUCAUUGUACUGCAAAAUAUAAACCGAGGGAGAAAACCGAAACGAAAAUGCAACUCUGUAUUUAACUAGAUCCUUAUCUUAGCAAGGAUUUGGAUCAUGAGAGUCUGCUCUACUUAACGCGUGGCUGUAGUAUCGUAACUUCUCAUAGUGAGGCACAAAGCAGAAAGUAAUUUAAAUACAUUUGAAUAUCCCGCACCUAACCUACCUACUGUAUCUUGAUUUGUAACAACCUAGAUUUAGCGCAUAAGUUUAUAUAAUUUACACACUCGUCCGUUAGCUAGAUCCGCAAUAUGUGCUAUGUACCUCCCAUUCAUCCAGCCACUCCAGUGGCGGUGGACGAUGAACGACUUUCCCUGGCCCGAAACAAUAUUAGCGAAGCUAUUGUGAUUUUUAAGCGAAAUGUUAAUUUACGAUUUAUACAUCCUACUUCUACUACUAUGUAUUUCCAUCAAUCAAAUGAAUUAAACUGUCGGAUUUUGUAGACAUGACCGCAGUGACGACGAGAUAUUGAAAUUAAAUUGAAACCACGUGAUAACUAUAAACAAUAAUGUGUGUGCUUGAAUGAGUUGGUUGAAGAGAAAUUGUAAAUGUUUCACAAUAAAAGUUAGUUAAAAAACAA